GGAGAAGGGCAUCUGCCGCAGCUGCCGCUGUGACCACACUCCGCUCGACACCAUGACAACCGCGGCAAACGCACGGCGAGCCCCCGGCCCUGCCGCUACACCAAUCAGGGAGGAGUGAGCAGAGCACUGCAACCUGUGUGGGGUGAGACGAGUGCAGGAUAACAGAACAGAGCUAGACACCCCUUCUUACAGAGAAAGAGAAGAUACCCAGCCAUUUAUCAGUCUCUUAUCUGAUGCUAGAGAAAACCUCCUGGAUUAUCAGUGGUGCUCUUGUUAUUUUACCCUGCAGUGGGGAGGAGUAUAGGGAUGGAGAUUCUGGGUAAUCAGCCUUCCCUGUUCCCGAUUCGAGUUCUCUGCUCCAUGGUGGGAGCUGAGAGACGUCUCUUGGAGCCACAGCCACCGACCAUGAGGAUUGGAUAAGAAUCCCACCAAUUCUAACAGGACCACCCAAUCACCAUAAAAAAAUGAUCUAGAAGUAAUCAGAAAAGGGACAGACUGGUAGGGAAACACAAAGAAAUAGAGAAUGUAGAAAAUCUGCAUCAGAUUCCAAUCUCCCAGUAGGUCACGAGUCACGCUGACUGUGUGCACAUGAUGAAUCCCAUGGCCCAGCUGUACUACAAGAAGGCGAGCUACUCACCGUACCGCGACCGCAUCCCGCUGCAGAUCGUGCGGGCGGAAGCGGAGCUGUCAGUGGAGGAGCGGGCGUACCUGACAGCGGUGGAGAAGGGCGACUAUGCCGGGGUGAAGCUGGCCCUGCAGGAGGCGGAGAUCUACUACAACAUCAACGUAAACUGCCUGGACCCGCUGGGGCGCAGCGCUCUGCUCAUCGCCAUCGAGAACGAAAACCUGGAGGUGAUGGAGCUUCUGCUCAACCAUGGCGUGCACGUGGGCGACGCGCUGCUCUACGCCAUCCGCAAGGAGGUGGUGGGCGCCGUGGAACUGCUGCUGUCCCACCGCAGGCCCAGUGGAGAGAAACAGGUGCCCAACCUGAUGAUGGAUACCCAGUUCUCAGAGUUUACCCCUGACAUCACACCCAUCAUGCUGGCAGCUCACACCAACAACUACGAGAUCAUCAAACUGCUGGUCCAGCGCAAAGUCACCAUCCCCCGGCCACACCAGAUCCGCUGUGACUGCGUGGCGUGCGUGUCCAGCUCCGAGGUGGACAGCCUGCGCCACUCCCGCUCCCGCCUCAAUGUCUACAAGACCCUAGCCAGCCCGUCCCUCAUUGCCCUGUCCAGCGAAGACCCCAUCCUGACCGCCUUCCGCCUGGGCUGGGAGCUGAAAGAACUGAGCAAGGUGGAGAAUGAGUUCCGUCAGGAGUACGAGGAGCUGUCCCAACAGUGUAAGCUGUUUGCCAAGGACCUGCUGGACCAGGCCAGGAGCUCCAGAGAGCUGGAGACCAUCCUCAACCACCGUGACUACCUCAGUGAGGAGCUGGACCCAAAGGACUGCCGCGACCUGGCCAAGCUCAAACUGGCCAUCAAGUACCACCAGAAAGAGUUUGUGUCCCAGCCAAACUGCCAGCAGCUCCUGGCCACCCUGUGGUACGACGGUUUUCCUGGGUGGCGCAGACACCACUGGGCGGUCAAGCUGGUCACCUGCUUUACCAUCGGCCUGCUCUUCCCCAUCUUCUCCCUGGUCUACCUGCUGGCCCCUAGGAGUGCCCUGGGCCUCUUCAUCAAGAAGCCCUUCAUCAAGUUCAUCUGCCACACAGCCUCCUACCUGACUUUCCUUUUCCUCCUCCUCCUGGCCUCCCAGCACAUCGUGAGAACAGACCUGCACGUCCAGGGCCCGCCACCCACCGUGGUGGAGUGGAUGAUCCUUCCCUGGGUGCUGGGCUUCAUCUGGGCUGAGAUAAAGGAGAUGUGGGAUGGCGGCUUCACUGAGUACGUCCAUGACUGGUGGAACCUGAUGGACUUUGCCAUGAACUCUCUCUACUUGGCCACUAUCUCACUGAAACUAGUUGCUUACUUCAAGUACAACAGCUCUCGGCCGCGGGAGGAGUGGGAGAUGUGGCACCCAACGCUGAUAGCCGAGGCCCUGUUUGCUAUCGCCAACAUCUUCAGCUCCCUGCGCCUCAUCUCCCUGUUCACAGCCAACUCCCACCUGGGACCUCUGCAGAUCUCCCUGGGACGCAUGUUGCUGGACAUCCUCAAGUUCCUCUUCAUCUACUGCCUGGUGCUGCUGGCCUUCGCCAACGGGCUCAACCAGCUGUACUUCUACUACGAGACCAAGGCCUCGGACGAGCCCAACAACUGCAAGGGCAUCCGCUGUGAGAAGCAGAACAACGCCUUUUCUACGCUGUUUGAGACGCUGCAGUCCCUGUUCUGGUCCAUAUUCGGCCUGCUCAACCUGUACGUGACCAAUGUGAAGGCACGCCAUGAGUUCACAGAGUUUGUGGGAGCCACCAUGUUCGGUACCUACAACGUUAUCUCCCUGGUGGUGCUGCUCAACAUGCUCAUCGCCAUGAUGAAUAAUUCCUAUCAGCUCAUCGCUGACCAUGCGGACAUUGAAUGGAAGUUUGCCCGCACCAAGCUGUGGAUGAGUUAUUUCGACGAGGGAGGAACUCUCCCGCCGCCCUUCAACAUUGUCCCCAGCCCCAAGUCAGUGUGGUACCUGUGUGUGUGGAUGUACAACCGCCUGUGUGGAGGGGACCAGCCCAGCCCUGACGAACUGAGGAAACACGAGAACCUAAAGGAGUUCACGGAGCGUCAUGCUGACAACCUGAUUCAGAACCAGCACUAUCAGGAGGUGAUCAGGAACCUGGUAAAGAGGCAUGUAGCAGCCAUGAUCCGCAGUGCUAAGACAGACGAGGGACUGACUGAGGAGAAUUUUAAGGAGCUGAAGCAGGACAUCUCCAGUUUCCGCUAUGAGGUGUUGGAUCUGCUGGGGAACAGGAAGCCCCCGCGGAGAACCUAUUCAUCCAGCAGUGAGGCCACUCAGCAGGACGAGGCCAACAAUGAGGGGGAGGGAGGGGCCGGACAGGGUCAGUCUAGGCACCAAGGGGCCAAGGGGGUGUCCUUCAGCAUGUCAACCGCUGAGAGGAAGAGCAAGGACUCUGGGUUCAGUGUCUCUGCCCUCUUUAAGUCCAUGUCAGGGGUGGAGGGGCCAGUGGACAACAAACCAAAGUGCAACGGGCUGCGGUUCUCCUCCUCCUCCCCUUCAUUUGCUGUGUUCAGCCGCACUGGCGGCCAGCUGCAGCGCUUCUCCAAGUCCAAGAGAGACUCCAUCAGGCGGCUGGGUCUGCUCUUCUCCCGCAUGAACGGACACGUCCCAGAGCACAGGGCCCCUCCUCCCUGCAUGCACCAGCCCACCUACAGCAUCUCAGAUGGCCUACUUCAUCAGCCCACAACCUGGCCGGACGUCCAUAUCGCCCCCGAUCCCCAGGUUACAUGCAGCCAGUUUCACCUGGACCGGCUGGGGGUGAACCUGAAAGAGCUACCCCAGGCCCAAGCCCCUACCCAGGCCCCACCCCAGGGUUCACCCCAGCAGGCUAACGGGAGUGACAGCCUGCUCCUACGGCCCCCGAGCCUCUCUCUGCCGCCCCCGGGUCACUCCCUACCGCCCCCGGGCCUCUCCCUGCCAUCCCUGCACUGUGCUUCUGGCAUCAGGGACUCCAGCAUCAGGGCCUCCAGCUCCCAGGCUGUCCUCCUGGGCUCUAGUGAGGACAUGUAUGAGUCCUGGAUAGGACCAUGUGAUGAGCUGGACUCUUCAGAGUGGUGGGCUGAGCAGGACUCCAUCACCACACAGCUUUAGAGACACCCGCCACCCACAGAAUAAUGUAGGACAGCAAACUACAAUAGGUUCAGGUCACACUGCUGAGGACAGAGAAAAAAAGUGUCUGACACAAGUAUUCAAAACCCAGGACUAAUUUUCUCAAAGAUAUCAUAGGAAGAUUCUAAACAUAUAAUAAAAAAUAAAAAAAGUGUUAUUUAUUGCAAUAUAACUACGUUUGCAUACUGCCACCUACCUGUGAUGCUUAGAUCUUUGUUUGCGGAUUGUAAGUUCACUAUCCUCUCUCAACACGUGUUCUCAUACAGUUUCGGCCCAGUUAAUUCUAUUUACCUUUCAACUUAUCACUGAGAUAAGGGGGUCAUAUACACAGGUCAGCUAUUACCAUUGUCCAAACUUCUACUCUCUUACAAAUAUGUUUAAUCUCUUGUUGCAAGUUUUUCUGUUGUCUUUUACCAGACUGUUUUGCCAGGUAGUGUGCCACAUACAAAUGCCACAUGUCCUCUAUACAGUAGUGUGUUCCUAAACAUGGAUGGUUAAUAUCAUGGUGGAAUAUGUUUAUUUCAGGUUACAUAUUUUCAACUUGUUUUUGGACAAUUAACUAAGAAUACUGUCCUCUGUUUUUCCAUGAAAGUUUUCUUUUUCUAGUUUCUUGGAAAUAAGCCACUACCCAUUUUUGGCUAUUGAGACAGGAAAUGCAUGAUAUUAGUAGGGGUAGGUUUAUUUAUCCCUCGUUUUAAUGUGUUUAUUUAUAGUCUCAUUUACUUUGGACAAGAUGGUUAUGAAUUAUAAUACUCAAGAUCAAUUUGGCAGAGGACCCCUACGCAAACAAUGUUUCAUAGUUGUUGAAAACAAGCUUGUAUACCAAUACACAUUUUUUAUUUGAUCAUUAGAUUAAGCGUUAUCUAUUCAAAUAUAUUAAACCAUAUUUGACUGAUUCUUCAGAAAACUAGGAUUCCAAGACUGGGAUAUGAGAUAUUGAGAUAUGAGAUAUGAUAGGCUGUAUAGUGGUCAAAUAAAACUGGACUGAACUGUCCAAAAUGUUGAAAUAGCUAUACUUUGGGCUAUUAGUGACAACUCAAUGCAUUCGCUAGUUGCAGUAUUCAGGACUCACCUUAGAUAAUGUGCCAUCCCAUCAAUUCAAAAUGAACAGUUUAGUAAUUGCAUUUGAUCUUUUGACCAAUCAGAUCAGCUAUUUUGCCCAUAAUUGGGAAUGAUCAGAAUUUGGCUGCCUGUGUAAACACAGCCAAGCUCAGUGAACAAAACUGCCUGAGUACCAGUGAGCUAGCACUCUUCAUGGUGCUGAUUAUGACAGGAAGGGUAGCAGCAACAUCGGUCGUGUGCUGUCCAGGGUCCUGGCCCUCAGAUACCAUCAUCGUACCAAAUGACUUCUCUAAAGCAGGGCUCUCCAACCCUGUUUAUGGCGCACCUGAUUCUAAUAAGAAGCUGGUAGAUAAGCUUAACCAGGUUAGUUCAAAGAUUCUUGAAAGUUGGGGACAAUCCUUGUCCAGCAGGGAAACUUUAUUUUAUAUAGGUGAAUUUGAUAAAGGAAUUUUUUGUUGUUGUAAUUUGUAAAAAUAUUUUUAGUAUAGUUAAUUUCCCUGUCAGGCUCUGUGCCAGGAAAUGCCGCAGUCCUAUAGGAUCAAAAUGUCUAACUCCCCCCAAAAGUGUUGAAAAUGUUGUUUCUUGCAAUAGCCCUCUGAUUAAGGAAUAUUUUUCUCAAAACUGUGACUCCUAAAAAACUCAAAAUGAAUCAGAAAUGAGCAGGGUUAGCUAUACCAUCUCCUGAUUACAGGUAUUGCAACAAGACAAGGUAACCCAUACAAAUUAAAUGGAAGUAUGGAGGUAGUUGCCAUUUAUGAAAGUGUUAUUCAAUUCUAUGAGCUAUAGUAGUAAAGGCUAAAUUCAAUAUUUUAUAAAAUAGGUUUAUGAUCCAUGGUAUGACCAUCUUAAAACAAUUACAUAUGUUAGCUUAGUAGAAGCCUCAAAGGAUGAGACAAGCCAACUUUCAAAACAAGUCCUUUUUGGCUAGCCACAGCAGUAAACUAGCAAGCUAGGCAUCUGUUUAGCGUUGUAGUACAUUCACUAAUUUGUUUGUAAACAAUUAACAAGCUAGUUAGCUACCACGUCAUGUUCUUGUCAACCAGUCAGAAUAGCUAGCAAGUAACAAGAUAUGUCAAAAGUCUAAAAACCACUUCAGGGCAAAUAAAUCAGAUUUGACCGUCGCAUGCCCAGGAAUCAGAUUUAUGACUUCAAACCACCUAUGCUGAAAUGUGGCUUGAAAUGUCUGAUUCCAUGUGGCUUUUGGCUGUUCAGACUUCAGGAAAAACAGAUUCAAAUCUGAUAUGCCCCCCAAAAAAUGUGGCUUUAGAUAACUCAGUCUAUGGUUCAAAUAUGUUCAUUUUAAUUAGGUUUUAGAAUCAUAAAGCAACUUAGGAGAAACUAUAUUGCUACUGUGUAUACCGCUUGAAUAAAAGUAGAAAAUAUGCAAUUUGUCAAAUCUGUAAAACAAACUCCGUCAGAGUGCUGAAAGAUCUAAUAGAAUGUUUGUUUUUAAUUGGGGAUUUAAAUGAAUACUUUUCCAUAUUUUACAAAUGUUUUAUUUUAUUGAUCUUGGAGGCAAAAAUAUGUCUGUUUUGAGUAGCUGUUGUCAACUCAGUCAGUAGCUUGUCACCAGUCACUAAUGGCUAACCCCCUUAAGAUACAUUUGUCAAUACUUGAAUCACUGUUCUGCAACACAUGCUUAAACUAUUAAAAUAUUUGUUGUGCUACA